CCCAAACUCUAACCAUGUUUCAGUUCUCCCUCCCAAUCCCAAGUCCCGACGUCAACUCCAUCGCCGUCGUCGACAGGUCCGCCAUCGGGUCCGGCAUCACUUCCGAACCAUCGUCUGGAUGGUAUUUUAAGCUAACGGACUGUCAAGUUUCGAACACUKGAUAACAUAUUCAAUAAUGCCAAGCGAAAACAAACGGACGAAAAGGAUAGACACGGAUGAACAAUCAAAUCCACCAGCUUUUGUAUCCCUCACCUCUUUCCUGCUGAAGAGGGUAGAAGGGAAUGAAGAACGAGGGUCAACACAGGUGAAACCUUCUUCCCAAGCAUUCGAUAUUGAAAAGCUUCAAAAAUCUCUUAAGCGGAGGCCAUGGAUACUACAUGAUCAAAUCAACCGCUCAGAAAAGUUGGAUAGAGAACAUCUUGAUAAGAAUAGCUGUGUUGAAAACUCUCCUCCAAAAGGAGUUAUCCAUGGAUGUUCAAGUUGUAAUGAUUGCCAGAAGGUUACAGCACACUGGCGGCCAGAAGAAUCCAAUAAGCUCGAGUUAGAUUGUGCUCCUGUAUUUCACCCAACGGAAGAGGAAUUUGAGGAUACCUCUAAAUAUAUUGCCAAAAUACGCCCGGAGGCAGAGGAAUACGGGAUCUGCAGUAUUGUUCCUCCUGAUUCCUGGCAACCAUAUUGCCCCAUAAAGGAAAACAAAAUAUGGGAAAAUUCUAGAUUUCAUACUCAUGUUCAGCGGAUUGAUGAACUUCAGAAUCCGUAUUUGAAGAGAGAACGUAGAAAGAUCACUGAGAAAAUGAACGGAAAUAGAACUUCAAUGGUGGAACUAAAUAAUGGAUCUGAUGGUUUUCAACUUGAAAGUGGUCCAGAUUUCACAUUGCAAACGUUCAAAACAUACGCAGAGGAUUUUGAAGCGUGUUAUUUUCAAAAGGAAGGCAUAUUGAUGGACUCUGGGACUCCAACUUGGGAGGAUAUUGAAGGUGAAUAUUGGCGUAUUGUUCAAAAUCCAACCGAGGAAAUUCAGGUGCUGUGUGGUCAUAAUCUGGAGGCGAAUGUUCUUGGCAGUGGAUUUCCGUUACCGUCUGAUUCACUUGGAGAAGAUCAAACCAAAUACAUAAAAUCAGGUUGGAACUUAAAUAAUACAGCCAAGCUGCCRGGUUCUCUUCUUGCUUCUGAAAGUUAUGAUGGUUCUGCUGCUUUAGCYCCACGGAUGGAUGUAGGAAUGUGUUUUUCUUCAUUUUGUUGGAAAGUCGAAGAGCACAACUUAUACUCACUCAGUUACUUGCCUUUGGGUGCGUCAAGAAUUUGGUAUGCCAUUCCRGGUAGAUAUUACAGUAAAUGUGAAGCCGCAUUGAAGAAAACCUUCCCCCAGUUACUUGGGCAUCCUAAAUUAUUCCAUAARCUGGUCACUCAACUUUCACCAUCCAUCUUGAACUCAGAGGGUAUACCCGUCUAUCGUUGUUUUCAGUAUCCACAUCAAUUUGUCCUCGUCUUUCCAGGAGCAUACUCUUCAGGAUUCAACAUUGGCUUCAAUGUCUCUAUGAGCGUAAAUCUUGCUCCCUUCGACUGGUUACCUUACGGGGAGUAUAGUGUAGAAAUCUACAAGGAUCUUCAUAGAAAAACAUCGAUCUCCUAUGACAAGCUUUUAAUCGACAUUUCUAGAAAUACCGUUAAAGCAUCGUGGCUCUUGAAACUAAGAAGGGAUUCGGAAGAAUGGAAAACCGCAUGCGGAACCGAUGGUUGGUUAACAAGAGCUCUUAAGUCACGUGUUAAGCGGGAAAGCUUAAGGCGGGAAUUUUUAUGCACGGCUUCACAAUCGCGUAUGAUGGAGAAGGAAUUUGGCUCCACCGUUAAGAAAGAAUGCAUCGUGUGUUAUUAUGAUUUAUAUCUUUCCGCUACCGCCUGUUUGUGCUCGCUCGACAGAUACACUUGUCUCGAACAUUCAAARCAAUUAUGUUCUUGUCCUUGGAGCUCCCGGAUGUUCCUAUUCCGUUACAAUAUCGAUGAGUUGAAUCUCCUCAUUGAAGCUUUAGAAGGUAAACUUAACGCACUUUACCGAUGGGCCGAAGAAAACCGCGAAAUUUUUUCUAAUGAUCGCGAUGAUAAGUAAUAYCCAUUGUAAAAUGGUUUGUUGUUUCAGGGUAUAAUCUAAUAUUCUUUUUUAAAUAAAUACCAGAUAAAACCCUGAAAUAACAAACCAUUAAAAAUGUGUUCUUUUUAAACCUUAAAAGGUGUCACCAUKAUUUGAACUUGAUGUUGCUUGUGUUUCCCAUUCUUUUAGGCAUUAGAAAUUUAGAAUAAAGUAUGUUUUGUUUUAGUUUUAAGAGGACAAUAUAUACAUCAACUUUGUAAGUAU